AUGCCCGCCGCGGUCAAACCGAACAUUUCCGAUCGCUCGGGGCACUUGAUUCAGCGUGAAGAUGAAGAUAUUACAACAUCGGAUUUUGCAAGUGAUUUGGAGGAUUCGAGGAGUCCUAGAUUGCGAUGGAAUGGAGUGGAGUGGAAUGGAGUGGAAUGGCUAGCCAGUUCAAGGCGAAGAGAUCACUCCAUCAUCAGCCGACAAAAAGACCAAGUUGGCACAAUAUUGAUGAGCGCAAAUGCAACCUCUAUGCACUGUACCAUACGUAACAAUGCUAGCCCAUCACACAUGACCAACGACUGCAGUGUGAAAGAUUCGUGUAGGUAG